GGUGCGGCGAGGGCGCGGUGGCCGCCAACGGCGCCGACAUGACGCAGCUCCCGAAGUCUGCCCCCUCUCCAGCUAGGCCUCCGGGCGCCACUCCCGAAGGGCGUGUGGCCACGUUCGCGGGCUCGGUCGGCAAGGGCUGCAGCGUCACCGGCACGGUCGCGGUGCACCAGGACGACUCGGACGAGGAGGACGUAGACGCGGGCAACCCGGCUGGGCCUAGGGAGGAGCUGUACCCCCCGCCGCCGGUGCCCGCGCCGGGCGCGCCGGAGGGGGCCCCGCUCCUGCCCGGCCCGAGCGAGGAGUUCCACACAGGCUCAUCUGGGCCACGCGAAGCGUUCACGGUCGAGCACCCCGUCCAGGCGGUGCAGCUUGAGACGUACGACAACGACUGGUUGGUGGAGAACCUCACCCCGAAGCUGCGGGAGCAUAUUCUUCAGCAUUUUCAGGACGACUGCGUGACGGAGCCGACGUUCGUCCCCUCCAUCGGCAAGUUCGUGGCCGCCCGGUUCCUGCAGUCCUCUGGCUCCUACGUGUCGGUCUUCAUGCGACCGCAGACCGCUAUCGGGUCAGACCCGUCCGCCACGAUGCCCGUGCACUACAACGUAGCGAAGACGGAGAUCCUGUGCUUCAUCCGCCAGUGCGAGGAG